AAAAAGAUGCAGGAAAUUCAAAAAUACGAUGACUAUCCCCAUAUACUUUCUCGUAGGGGAUAUGAUUUGCUUGAAAAAAAAAGCUCCUAGACGAGAAAAUAAAGAAAGACAACUUGAAGCAAUCUUGACGGAGAACACAACAAAAAUUGAUGACCCCCCAUCUCCCAUCUCUAGACAUGUUAAAUGGAAGUUGGCUCUCACAAAGCGAUAUGGCCAAAUGACAUCUGAAGCGACACAAGAAAUAUCUGAUAAAAUUGACUCCUUGGAAGAACAGAUGAUACAAGGUAUGUUUGUCCCCCAUGGUCGUGAAGACAUACUUAACACUGCCAUCAGCCGACCAGAUCAUGGGAGUCAUGUUUGUGCAGCAGGUUCUAGGGUCACAAUAAGUCAAUACUAUGUGUUGAUGAUUUUGGCAAGUGUACCAAUUUGCUCUAAGUAGUAAUUCUCGGAAGUCCAAGUAUCGUUUCCACAGGGAUUUUAUUGCACUUUUAUGGAAUACUCUUCAAUUUGUAAGUAAGAAUUAAAUAGUUCAAAGCAAGAGUAAUUUGUAAAAUCAAACAAUUAAGGAAUCAAGUAAGACGAGAAUGUUAAGA